ACCAGUUUAACUAGCCAAUUUAAUUCAUUUAAAAACUGCAUAGAUGAAUUAAAAGAGUUUAAGUGGUUAUUUAACAUAAGGAGUGGCUGACCUGAAACUCUUUUUCUUGUGAAAAGAUUAUUUGUGUCCUAAUUCUUCUUAUACACAACAAUUCAAUUAUAUUCAUAGAUGUAUUUAUCUGCAAAUGGAAGUAUGAUCUGCAAAAGUUGAAAAUCUUGUGGUGUGACGUGCACACUGUUAAACCAUUUCAGACAAAAUAUUAUCCAAGAGGAUAUUUUAUGUUGUAACUGAAUAAAUGAAUAAAUAAGUACACAUGACUGUAGAGAAUAUUGAAUCUAACUUUCUCAUGCCUACUUUCCAAAUAUUUUGCUGGAGUUUAAUGAAUACGCCCAAAUAUGUUGCUAAUGGCGUUAUGCAUUAAAAGACACAAUGUGACUAUGAUAUUUCCACUAUCGAUCCUGCAGUGAGAUUCCUAAAUGUUUUAUUAGUAAAGAAGUUGUUGAAUGGAGUCAAAUAUGUUUGAAAAAAAUCAAUAAUCACAGUGCAUAAAAAUAAUCAAUAAAUGUGUCACCUUCUAAUUCAUGAAACAUCUAAUCUUCCUCCACUGCAUAUUGAAAUUGAUUGACUAUUAAGUUGUACAAACAUUGAGAGAUUCGACGUUAGUUGCUAUGCAAUUUCACAUUAUCAGCUUUUUAUUCAGGUUUGUAAUUCAUUGUUUACAUGUGAGGCAUACGAGAUUAUUAUGCACCAUAGUACUUUUUAUAUCCUUCAUCUUUUGCAUUUGGUUGUUCAUAACACUAUGCCUACAAGAAGAUUAUCAAAUAUUUCAUUUCCCGCCAAAUUUGGAUUUGUAUAAAAUUCAUGAGAAGGAAAAGUUAAAAGUUAAUCCAAGUGCACCUCCAUUGUGGAGAAUAAUAUUCCCUUUAUCUUCGAAUUAUAAAGAUAUGUGUUUUAGUAGAAAUCGUGAAUGUAAUAGAAACAACCAUAAUUCAUCUUUCCAUCAAUCCCCAUGUCAAACAGCUGAUCUCUUUUUGAUUAUUAGAUCUCAUGUUAGCCAUUUCAAUCAACGGGAUGCUAUUCGUCAAACAUGGGGCAAUCAACAAUGCUACGAAAACUUCGGUGCCUAUGUUCGUAUUUUGUUUAUUUUAGGUAGAGAAAAUGAUUAUGGGAAUAACGACCCAGUUGAAAAUAUCAUAAAUGAUAAAUAUUAUGAGAACGAUCAAUCAAAUAGUGUCUUAUCUAAAUUAUAUUAUGAACAUUCUACACAUCAUGACAUUAUUCAAUUUGAUUUUUUUGAUGAUUGUUCAAAUUUACAGAAUAAAUGGAUAGGUAGUAUGGACUUUUUAGCGAAAUACUGUUCAGCUAACAGUAAAUCAUUUGUUAUUCUCCUUGACGAGGAUUAUUUUCUACAUCCAGUCAACUUAAUAAAUCUAUUACACCGUGUUACACCAAGUCAGUACAGAAUUUAUGCUUCUGGCGACCUCCGUCGUGUAUCCUAUCCAGUACGUGUACCAUUUUUACCUGGAUAUAUAUCCUUAUCAGAUUAUCCAUUCAACAUAUAUCCACCAUAUCUAUUUGGUGGUACAAUCAUUCUAAGUAUGCCUGUAGUCCAAUUGCUUCGUACUGGCUUCCUGUAUGUAAAAUCUAUCCCAUAUGAUGAUAUUAUGUUGGGGAUUAUACUAUUAAAAUUCGGUGUCGGUCCAGUUCAUAACAAACAAAUAUAUUCACAUUAUCCACCUGAUAUGCAUAUACUGAAGAAAUUACAGUUUAUUACUGUUCAUGGUUUUAAUAAACCUUCAUUACUUCAUUCAUUAUGGUCAACUUUAAAUAUGGAUCAUAUUUGUAAAAUAAAAAUGAGGGAAUAAGAAAGUGCAUUUUAUUUGAAUUAUAUUUUUGGUAUUUCUAUUUAUUUUUUAUUAUUUUGUUUAUAUAACUUUAUAACUCAAAAUUAUUUUAACAAUAAAAGUUUUCAAGUA